AUGGCAUCAUGGCGCACAAGUGGCGCCGCCUUGUGGUCGGAGGACUCGUGGGUGUCGGCGGUGUGCGCGUCCACGGCGGCGGUCGCCGGCCUGCUCUUGGUGCUGUUGGCUUGCCUCUGCUGCAAGAGGAAUUCUAGCACGUCUUUCAAGGAGUUCCGCAAUGUUCCCGACGGCGAGGCCUACCACGCGUCCACGCCGGCUUCACGGGCCAGCCCGGACGUGUACGUCCUGCCACUCGCCGAGGUGGCUCCGCCCGUCGCCAGGCAACCGCCGCCGCCAGGUGAAAUCUUCUCUUUCCGCGCAGCGCACCACCAGAAAUGGUCCAACUUGAGUCGCCAGAGUCUGCUGUACCUGAAAGAACUUGGGAACGGCUGGUUCGGCAAGGUUCUUCUCGGGGAGGUGAAUGAGAAUCUGCGGACUAAUCAGGUGGUGGUCAAGGAACUCAAGUCCAGCGCUAGCGUCAAGGAACAAAUGCGCUUUCUGGAAGAAGUGCAACCCUACCGGGUGCUGCAGCAUUCGUCUCUGCUGCAGUGUUUGGCCCAGUGCACCGACGUCACACCCUUCCUGCUGGUCAUGGAGUUUUGUCCGCUGGGUGACGUGAAGGCUUACCUGAGAAACAGCAAAUGUGGAGACAACAUGGGCGUCCCUGAGCCGCUAAUCCUCCAGCGGAUGGCCUGCGACAUUGCCUCGGGACUCAUGCACCUGCACACGCAUAACUUCACUCACAGCGACCUGGCUUUGAGGAACUGCCUGCUGACGGCCGACAUCACAGUAAAGAUCGGCGACUACGGCUUGUCCCACACAAAGUACAAGGACGACUAUCUCGUCACGUCGGACCAAACGUACGUGCCGCUUCGCUGGAUCGCACCUGAGCUAGUGGACGAGGUGCGCGGAAACCUACUGGUGGCCAAGCAAACCCAACAGAGCAACAUCUGGUCUUUGGGAGUGACCGUUUGGGAGUUGCUAGAGCUGGGAAAGCAACCCUACAGCCAUUACUCUGACCGGCAAGUUCUGUGCUACGCUGUGAAGGAGCAGCAGCUGCGACUGGGCAAGCCCACGCUCCAAGUCCCUCUGGCUGAACGCUGGUAUGAAGUCAUGCAGUUCUGCUGGCUCCCGCCUGAUCAGAGGCCUAACGCCGAAGAAGUGCACUUGCUGUUGAGCUACCUGUGCGCCAAAGGCGCCAGCGAAGCUGAGGAGGACUUUGAGAGGCGCUGGAACUCCAUGCGCCCAAGUGCCGGACACAAUGUCCAUCGCUGUCCAAAAGCGACAACUCAAGAGCGGCCGUCGUCCACCGCCUCAUCUUUUCCUCUCCUGCAGCAGUUCUCGCCCACCGAAGGCUACCACUCAGAACCCGGGGACGAUGUUCUCACCAUCACUGAAACCAGCCACGGCCUAAACUUUGAGUACAGAUGGGAGCAGGCCAGGGCACAAGAGUCAUACAGAGGCCCGGAUUCCACAAGCGCCCUAAGUCAGGUCAACAAUCACGAAGCUUUUUAUCCACCAGUAGGCAUUGUGGGAGGCUGCCCCCUGGAGAAUCUGAACCACAGAUUAUCUCCCCCUUACUACCAGCCAAAACAUCUGCACGCUCCAGGUGUUCUUCCUGUCUUCAGUGCCCACAGCCCAUCGGUCAACAGCGAAUUCUACAUACGCAUCGAAGAACCAGUGGACUGUAACAUCGAACCUGACUACACCCUGUGCUCCUACAGUCCGGACUACCAGAGCAGCGGUAGCUUCCUUACUGGGAGCGCCGACUCGGGUGACUGCGCGGUCUGUCCAUCACAAGCAAAGAACUGUGACACCUACUGGUCCGCCGAUAUCCACGACGUUGACAUUUAUGACUCCAACGACUCGAGUCCCGUAAUAUCCCCAACAAUGGAGCCUCUUUUAGGACAGGUUUGUGACAAUAACCCUCUACAACCCUGGGAGUCCAGUCACUAUGUUUCCUACAAAGACCAAGAUGGAGGUUACUAUUAUGAGCACUCCCCACCUGUGGACUUAGACCAUUAUCUUAUGGGAGGCGAACUGGCCAGUGAGCAUCUUCAAGAAAGUUGGGGGUCAAGGAGUCUUCGCCAGGCAUUGGGCGAGCUGGAGAACCCAGUGGGGAUACCCCCCUCCAUUAAUAGCCCAUCUGAACAGGUGUAUAGAGACUCAUACCUUGACUUGGACACAAGUCACUCCUCCGUUAUUGGUAAGACUAUGACCGGGGGCUACUACGACAUGAUGGGUUGCCUGAGGAAGACCAUGCCAAAUCACAGCAGGCAUGGCCAUGUCAGCCUUAACAUGGAGAAAGAGAGGGCCCUCUUCAUGGGGCACGGGGAGAGCAAUUCAGGAGAGGAUGACGAGGAGGACAUAUUCAUUGAGAAGCACACGUGCAACACUUGGCCUUCCAAACAUCGUCACAGAAGUGACAGCCACCAAAGACGAGCCAGUCAAAGUUGCAGACAGGAAACGUACGCAGACUUUCACUACACCAUGCCCAGCACAGAUAUUGAAGACUCCUGGUCAGAGGAGCUCGGCCUGCGAUACCACAGCCUGCCCAAGGGUGUCAGCUACCUGGAACCCCGUCUGACAAAAGACAACGGCAGCCGCCUGAGUCGACUUCCCCACAUGGUGUCCCCGGAUCAAUGUGACGCUUUAGUGUACUUGUGUCACCAGAGCGACGCUCAUAUGGUGCCAACGGUGGAGUGCUGUCGCUCACACUUUGUUGACCCUCUCUCUGGCUUGCUGGUGAAUAACAACUACAGCUACAGCCACAACAAAGUCACGGACAUCCCCGGCAGCGACGAGAUGAUCAACCUCUCUCCUGCGCCGGGAGGCCCGGUCGUGCCCAAACAUGUUUCGAUCAAACCCGACGUUGGCAGGGAAUCCUACGUGGAUCUCAGAGCAGAAGAAGCGAUAAAGCGAGACACUGUCACUGAACAUCCUCUCGCGACCAAACCCAACAUGGAAGAAACGGCCCAAAGUCCUCCUCCGCCUGCAGACAACAUGCACGUGAUGGUGCUUCUCACGGAUGCGCAAACAGAGACAAGUCAAGCGGGAGAUAGCGGCCUGGACCAUGGCGGCUCCAGCGUCAGUCUGACGGACAUCCUCGACUGUAGUGACAACGAAGAUGAGGACAUCACCGACGACAUCACCGAUAUCACGUCGGGGAUUUUUGCCGACGAUUCCGGGGAGCUGAACGCUUCUCCCGCCUUCAAGUCGCUUCAAAAACAGGGCGGGACGCCGGAUUCCAUCGAGUCUAUAGAUCUACCUUCUGUCGCCGGGUCUUGCGAGGGUUCCAGCCCAGCCUCGCGCCCUUCCUGUUCCCCUAAAGCCAUGGAUAGUGGCUAUGACACAGAAAAUAACGAGAGUCCCGAGUUUGUCCCAAAAGAACCUCAUGAAGCCAAAGACCAAGCGGCGCCUCAGCCGUCCGGCCGCACCAGCCCGGAGGAGGACCAUGGAGUCGGAACAUCCUGUGAAGACCUGUCAUUAAAGCCAUGCGAACACACCUUCUCACCUCUGAGCCAGGAUACGCCGUACAGAGACUCUGCCUACUUCUCCGACUACGAGAAUGAACGGCAGAUGAAAAACGAGCAGGAAGAACUACAUAAGGCAGAAGAUGGUUGUGAGACUGAAGAUGAGGAAGUACUGAAAAACACCGAGACGACUCAGGGACUAGAACACGACUGUUUGCAAGAACCAAGUGGAACACAUGAAGACUGCGAAGAUGGUUCAACAGCAGAAGGUGGCCUGUACGAGUGGCCCUCUCAGGAGGAGAACUCGUCGCUUGACGAUUGGGCAGCAGAGGUGGUGGGUGCCAUGGAGGAGGCUCUCGAUGCCCUGAACGGAGAGAAUAAGUCCAGCGGCAUGGCAGAAGAAGAGGCGCCAGUUAAAGAAAAAUCAUCUGGGCUAGAUGUUUUACACAUCUUACCCAAAGAUGAAGUGGCCUUGCAGCACGCAGCCAAUUCCAGAAGGUCAUCUUCCUCUUCUCCGCCGCCUCCAGAAGGUUUUCCUCCGGACGGGGACGAGGCGGACAAAGAGGACGGUGAAUCAGACGACAGCGACGACUCGGAGGAGGAGCCGCAAACAUCUGGCGUCCGGGAGGAGGAAAGCGAUGACGAGUUCCACCCGGUGCCCAUCGUGGUGAGCGACGACAGCCACGCCCACACUUUGCGAGGCCUCCUCAAGGUUCCUGCUGAUCUGAAGCUACACCAGGAACUGGAACGCAAGAAGAGGAACGUGUCCUUUUUUGAUGACGUCACCGUCUAUCUCUUCGAUCAGGAGAGUCCAACCAAGGAGCUGACUGCACACGGAUUCCCGCUGGCGGUAGAAGGUUCAGGCAGCAAAUCUCCCGAGAGGGUCUGCGCGUCUGACGACUCCUCGGACGGAAACCUCUCCGAAGAGAGCGUGGGAUUCGAGUGGGAGGAUGACUUCCCUCUGCUUCCGCUGCCGACGUCCUCGACCGCCCCCGACUCGCCGACCCGCGCCACCUCGAAACCUCAGGAGAUCAAGUCGGCCGGCCGUUUCUCACGCUUCACCGUGUCGCCCUCCAGCGCGUCCCGCUUCUCCAUCACGCACAUCUCCGACUCGGACGUCGACUCUGUUGGAGGAAGCAGCGAGGACGGAGACAAGGACUGA